GCCGCCUAGUACAUCUACUCCACUCGUCUUAAAAAAAAAAAAAACAAAUCUACUCCGCUCCCUUCUAGUGCGCACUGCGAGAACGAGAGAAGAACGCGCGGCCAGAUUCCGGAGGAAGAACCUCACCGUCGAUCGACGAAACCCCGAGGUGCUCUUGAUCGAUGGCGACGAUCCACAUCAAGCCGCUGCACGGCGCCGACGGCUACCUCCGGUGGAAGGAGUCGGUGCUCCUGCGCCUCCACACCGUCGGCGUCGCCCACGUGCUCUCCGACGAGCCCCCGGCCGACGGCGCCCAGGAAGCCAAGAAGUGGGCGCGCGACGACGCGCUGUGCCGGGGCCACAUCCUCGCGGCGCUCUCGGACCGCCUGCUCCCGGUCUACGUCCGGCACGGCACCGGCAGGGCGCUGUGGCGGGCCGUGGCGCGCACCUACGAGCCGGACUCUUUCUACUGGGAGCUUAAGUUCGAGGAGCUCGAGUUCCAUAACGACGACGACGAGACCCUCCUGGAGCGCGUAGCGCGUGCGGAGGCCCUGGCAGUUGCCGCAUCCAGUUCUCCCGUGGUCUCGGACGAAUCGGUGGCUUACAAGGUGUGCACGAAGCUCCCGGACUUGGCUAAGGAUGCCGUCAUGCACGGUGACUGGAAGACCAUGGAUGGGGUCUGGGAGUCUGCGCAGGCCAUGGAGAGAGUUCGCAACAUUAUGCAGGCAAGGCUGGUUAGGCAGGAAAGGGAGGACAUGGUAUGCCAUGAUCAGCAGCUGGAGCAGCGGCACGUCCGGAAGAAGCGCAGGUGAUCAAGGCGUGCUGAUGGCACCAACAAUCUGUGAGCUUAGCUUGGAUGUUCGGUCUGACCGCCUGAGAACAAUCGGGGCUGUUAUCUGAAUCUUUGUAGUGUUCAAUUAAUUGGCUGCUUUAAAACUUUAGAUGCCGAAUUAGCUGAAUCAACUCUUCUAAGUUCUGCAAGGAUAAUGUGUCAGUGCUAAGUGCUUGUAAGCUCGUUCUUCAGGGAUGACGUUGUUUCGUGUGGAUGGAGGUCGUGAUUCCCACCAGACACAAAUGUCCUAAUCCUUGACUCUGACUCGUAAGAAAAUGGAGCUCAAUGAGUUGCUUUGUUCUCA